AUGUCUGAAGAACAAAAUGAUCAAUAUCUUAUUUAUUCGGAUGUAUUUUCAGCAAUACAAGAUAAAACAAAAUCUGGAGAAUUUUUUAAAAAUUCUAUUCAAUUCUUUAUAAUAUCAAAUGAGAAACGUGCAGAUAUUAAUCUUGUCGAUGAUGACGACGGUGAUCCAGAUUUAUGUCGACCAGAACGUAUUGAUUUGACUUUAGUUCAUCGCAAUGAAACUAACGUAUCUGAAUGUGGAUAUCAAUUAUGGAAUGGCGCUUUACUACUGUGUGAUUAUAUUUUAACAAAUUCAUGUCGAUUUUCAAAUAAAACAAUAUUUGAAUUAGGUGCUGGUAUUGGUCUUUGUAGUCUUAUUGCAAGUCGAUUGGCUUCUAAAGUGAUUUGUACAGAUCACGAUAAUGACCUGUUAGAUGUAGUCAGACAAAAUAUUGAAUUAAAUGAUGCUGUUUGUAGAAAAGAAUGUAUUGAAAUACAAGAAUUUGAUUGGAAACAAUUUAAUUUAAAUGAAAUCGAUGAUCGUAUCGAAAUUGUUUUUGCAGCUGACGUUAUUUAUGACGAUGAUAUAACGGAUGCAUUGUUUAAUGUUUUAAGAAAAUGUUUUCAAGAAAAAUUCAAACUUCAUUCAAUUUAUAUUACUGUUGAAAAGCGAAUUAAUUUCUAUCUCGAUACACUGUCUGUUCGAUGUCCAGCCUAUGAAUAUUUUCUUGAAAAAUUGCAUGAUUUUCAACAAGACUUUCCAGUUCUGACAUUCGAAAAAAUGAAUACAGAUUUUAAUUCUAUAAAGCAAUGCACGAAAAUUUACGAACGAACAAAUGAAUUGGUACAAAAAAGAAGAUUCUGCUAUUUUAUUUAA